CAGUUGUGUUUCAUUUGUGAGUCUGGAAGGUAGCACCGCAACGGUCUCUGGCAAUGGAUGAAACAUUUUGGGCAUUGUUGGCCGCCUUAUCGCUUGCGACUAUUUCAAUACCUAGUGUCUCUGGUCAAACACAGCUGGCGGAUGAAACUACGCUUGAGACGCCCACAUCUACGGCGACCCCGACGUUACCCAGGCUACCACUGGCCAUACACUACGAGGCACUCUGCCCGGAUAGCAUGUACUUUAUAAGGCGUCGACUGUACGACGCGCUGCUGGACAACGAUUGGUGGUCACGCACCGAACUGAAGCUCUAUCCCUUUGGCAAGGCGGCAUUCUACAACAACACUGAGAUCGGAGAGCUGCAAGUGUUUUGCCAGCACGGCGAUGAAGAGUGCGAGCUGAAUGCCCUGCACGUCUGUGUUCUGGAGCAUCUGGAGCUGCGUCAGGCCUUUGAUCUGAUCUACUGCAUGCUGCGUACCUAUGGCAACAGCAUUGAUGGGUGUGCCGCCCACCUGCGCCUCAAUGUGACGGCAGCCAAGGAGUGCAAGCACACGCGCAAGACGCCCGAUAUCCUUCUGCCCUACGGCAAAGAGACACUGGAACUCGAGUUGUCCUUUGUGCCCAGUAUUGUGAUUGACAAUCAUUUUGCGGCCUACGAGCAGAGCAGCAUUCGCUAUAACUUUGAGGCCCACUUUUGUCGUCAGUACGAGCGCAAGUUUCAGAUAAAACUGCCCACUUGUGGCUAAACAAGCAUAUCUCUAGUUCAGCCUGGCUGUAAACCAAAUUAGAUUUGGCUAUUAACCACUUCAUGAAUUUUUUAAAGUGCAUCGAAUUAAUAA